GGCUGCCUCGUCCCGGGCGCCUCGUACUGUAAGCCGUACUUAGCUUAGAACAUCAGUGAAGUUUUAGCUACAGUUUGUAUUUGAAUUUCCACUGCGCUAGUAGUUGUACACAAACUCCUUUGCAGCACUCCUUAUGCGACUUCUUAUUUUUCUCAUUCGUAUCUACUUGUACUUAUGCUAGUUGAGUCGUUCUUGGCGGAAAAUUUUCAUCGGACAAUAAUAUGGACGUCAUCGUUGAAGCGAUUACUGGCGCCACGGGCGGUGUGCUCGGCCGCUGCGUUGCCUUUCCGUUCGAAACGCUGAAACAGCGCCGAACCAGGGACCCCUCCGCAUCGGUGCUGGAUGUUUUGGCCGAAGGCCCAGGCACCGUUUACCGUGGGUACUAAGUGCAUGUUCUAGCGCAGAAUCAAUAUCGUGAUGAGUUUGAAGCAGGUCUAGGAAAUUUUUGCAAACCGUGUGCAAUUUAUGUUCUUUCAAGAGAGUAAGUACAUGUUUCUCUUCACAACUGACACUGCAGGCUGCACUGGUCGGCGCUGGAAGCGUGGAAUUCCAAGGGUUUCCAGUUUAUGGUUGUCACGAAGCUUCGACAGAUGUACCUGAAACACACUGGGAAGAAGCCCACGAGUAUCUGGAUCGCGGUGUUGCUCGGGUACCUCGCGGAUGUCGCCUCUAUCCAGUGCAAAUAUGUCUGGGUCCGGAAACUUGUAGUGCAAGUCUGCGAUUGAUUGUCGCACUUGAAUGGGCAGCCCCGCAUGACAAGUUUUCUAGCUACUCCCUGUUGGGUAUUCCGCAUGGCUGCAAGUGGCGUUUUUGCAUGACAGGCAAAAAGGGGCUGUUCGUGCGUAUGCAUCACAGACGCCAUAGUCAUGCCAGCCAGGCAUGACAAGCCCUGUACUCUUCCAGACGCAGACCUAUUUGCAAUGCAUAGCCUCUCUCUGGAACACGAUAACGCUGGAAAACGUGAUUGCCCGGCUGCAGACGUAUCAAAUGCAAAUAUGUCUGGGUCACCUGGAAAUCAUGGGAUUUGUGAUGCUAGCUGUCGAUCACACAAAAAUCUGUAUUGCAAGAGAGGCAAAAGACAUUCAGACAGUUGCCACGCAAAGGGGCUAUUUCUCAUGCGGUAUAGGCAUCAGGAAGCGCUCACAAAAUCUGUGAUGCUGGGAUAUGCAUCACAGGCAUCAUGGAUCGUGCAAAAUGUGCAUGAGAAGUCUUGCAAUCUUCCAGACCCAGACAUAUUUGCAAUGCAUAAGACGGACCCGGACACCUUUUCGGUACGCAGAGAAAUUCUGUGCGUGCAGUUUCUGCGAAAGGUCGCGCGCCAGUUACCAGUUUAUCUGAUACUCGCACUGAAACCCGGGAUCGAGCACGGGCUGUUCGACGUGUUCAAGCACUUCUACAUUCAAUGGCAAAGAAAUAAAGCGACGAAUGAGGC